AAUAGUGACUUUGAGCAAAUAGAGGAUGAGUCCUUUCCUCCGCUCCCUCCACCCUUCUCUCCUGGAAACGCAGAAGACCCUUUUGCUAACGGAGAGCAGGACGUGGACACGUCCAAGCUGGCGGAGGUUCCUGCUGCCAGACGGAGAGGCGUUAAGAGGCCCCAGCCCAAACUAGAUUCUCAGAGACUGACAUCUGAAAGAGGCCUUCCGGCUCUACGCAACUUGUUCAACAACAUUCACUUCAGAGGCAAAGGACAUGAGGCAGAGGACCUGCACACGCUCAUGCAGCGCAUGGAGAACUGGGCCCACAGGCUGUACCCCAAGCUGCCCUUCCCAGACUUCAUAGACAAGCUGGAGACACUAGGGAGCAAGAAGGACGUGCAGACCUGUCUCAAGCGAAUACGAUUGGACAUGCCAAUCACUCAUGAAGAUUUCAUUGGUGAUCAGGAAAAGGCAGGGCUGGAUCAAGAGGAUCGUAUCCACAACAACAUGGAUCCUUUUGAACGUUUUCCUGAAGAUGCCCUGGAACAGGUCCCUUCUACCCCCGCCCUCUCCUCUACCCCCGCCCUCUCCUCUACUCCUAUCCCCGCGCUCUCCUCCACUCCCGCCCUAACAGAGGAACAGCAACAACGCAUCAGGCACAACAAGCAGCUGGCUCUGGAAAAAAGACUGGCCCUCAUGCAGCAGAAAACAAACUCCCCCACAGGAUCCCAGGUUGUCUCCAGUCAGCAGCAGCAGCACGGCGGAGAGGAUCAAGAGUGAUGAGUCAUCAGCUGGACCUUGGGGCUGGGGGCGCUACACUCGGUGCUGCUGGGGUUAGGGUUGGUGUGUUCAGGACUGUUCUUAGGACAAGAUCUGACAGUCCAGUUAGGGCUGCUCAAGAACCAUUUUAUUUAGUAGGUUUCACCAUGUUAUUUUCUUUAUUCUGAACACAUCUUACCUCUCAAGAUUUGUGUCAAGUGCUUUUUUAUCAUACCACAGUUUUUUUGGGGGGGGGGGUUAAAAUGUUUUAACUUGUUAAUGCAAAUGAAAUCAGACUUAAAUGCCUUUAAUAAAGUCAUAUGUAUUUA